GACACACCCCUCAUCGCCUUUCUACCUUUAUAUAAGGAUAUCAUUGCAAACUAUUCUUUUCAAAAACUGAAGCAUUUCAGCUUUCUACAUUUAUUAAUCUCUUCUCUUCCUAACAAAAACUAACCCUUUUUCCUCGUAUAAUCAUAAUUAUGGUCAGAGGUGAAGAAUUCGAACGUGUUUUCCUUUACUUCGAUGAAAAUGGAGAUGGGAAAAUCUCGCCAUUGGAGCUGAGCAACCGUCUAGGUUUGAUGGGUGGAAAGGUGCUGCUAAAAGAAGUAGAGAAUGCAGUGGAGUCGUUGGAUAAAGACGGAGAUGGGUUGUUGGAAAUGGAAGAUCUCGUUGGUUUGAUGGAAGGAGGAAGUGAAGAAGAAAAGUUGAAGGAUUUGAGAGAAGCUUUUGGCAUGUAUGAUGUUGACAAGUGCGGGUUCAUCACGCCCGACGACCUCAAAAAAAUGCUCAGCAGACUCGGUGAGUCCAAGUCCAUUGAUGAAUGUAAGGUGAUGAUUAAUAGUUUCGAUCUUAAUGGCGAUGGCGUUUUAAGCUUUGAAGAAUUCAGAGUUAUGAUGCAGUAGUGAUCCAUAUAUGUACUCGUUUCUUAAAUCCUCAAUAUUCUUUCAUAUGUCAAUGUAAAUGGCCCUGUAAUUCUUUUGUCUUUACUUUUUCUUUAAAAAAAUUCAUUAUAUCUUCCAUUCUUAAUUUGUAUUCAAAGGUACAAACUCUACUCCUCCAUCUAUCCUGUUUCCAUUUGUUUUGCAGAAAAAAUGUGUAAGAUAUUUUGUUUUAAGCCUGUCUUUCUUGUCUUCAUGUCCAGAAAUGCAAUUACAAAAGUAGCUUUCUGCCUGAGAAGAAUUGCAAAAAUUAUUUCUUGCGAUUGAACCAGGAUUCACUCCUAAUGGGAGCUUUUACAUGAACAAAAUAAGAAUAUAAGCGAAAAUACACACAUAUUAUGAGAUGUUUAAAAGCUUUCCGAUAUUAUUUUAGCCGAUUAAUAACUAAUAGAAGAAAAGAAGAUGGCAUCUAUAUUCACAUGAUUUUUCUUCCCAAUAAAAAUGUUUGAUCAGCUUCUAGUUAUUGAAACCGGCUAAUUUUAAGGGUGGCUUUGUAAUAUUAUAAGAAGAUAUGGAUGAUGAUGAAAUAUGAUUGGACAUUAUUCAUAACCUCUCAAACUGAUAAAUGAAGAGUUUUAACAACUUUCUGAAACUUCUUCAUAAUCAUCCAAGAGCCUCCAACUACCCAGUGAUGAACC